AUGACUUCUUGGAAGCAUCUGAUACGCUUCGAGGCGACUAAUGGGACGAUUUAUUUCGCUUCGAUUGAUGCGCCAAAAAAGACCUCCGAGUUAGUGGACCUUUCCAUGACUGGGUUCUCCUCCCUCGACGAUCUUCAAAAUCAAACGAAGGGGCAACCAGUCACUGUAAAAGAGGUGCUGGCGCCAGUGCCAUACAAUGACAUGGAAAUCAUCUGCAUCGGAGUGAAUUACCGCGAACAUGCAGAGGAGGCAAACCUUACGGUCCCGCUUGAUCCUGUGAUGUGGUACAAGCCCAAGAGAGCGCUUGCCGGACCUGGGAGUAUCCCUAUCCCGAAGUGUGCUGCAGAGGGCUUCCUCGACUUUGAGGGAGAGCUGACAAUCGUUACAUCCAAAGAUGCUCGCGACGUGAGCGUCGAGGAUGCCCCAAACUACAUUCUGGGGUAUACGGUCGGCAACGACUUGACUGCGCGAAUGUACCAGGACCCAAAGCGCGCGGGGGGACAGUUCACCCGGUGCAAGGCUUUCGACAGGUUUGCCCCAAUCGGCCCAGUUCUCACCAGUCCAGCCGUCGUUGGCAGCGUAGAUGAACAAAGAAUUACGACCAAGGUCAACGGAAAGGUUUUCCAGAACAGCACAUGCAAUCUGAUUCAUGGACCGGCUGCCUUGAUCAGCUUUCUCUCUCGCGGAACAACACUGCCGGCAGGAUCUGUGAUCUUAACUGGCUCUCCCCCUGGCAUUGGGUACUUCCAGGACCCGAAGUACAGCCUCAAGAACGGAGAUGUCGUGGAGAUUGAAAUAUCCUCAAUUGGUGCCCUGGAGAAUACUGUAGCGUUCGAGUAG